CUCUGGGCUUCCCAGCUCCUUACGCCAAUAUGCCUGGCUUCGACUUUUCAAACCACACCCGCAAUGCGGCUCUCCACGCACGAGGUGUGCCACUGCCAAAGGCUACGAGUACAGGAACUACGAUUGUUGGAUGUAUAUUUGAUGGGGGUGUUGUGAUUGCCGCAGAUACAAGAGCUACUAGUGGUCCUAUAGUGGCCGAUAAGAACUGCGAGAAGCUUCAUUACAUCGCCCCGCAAAUCUGGUGUGCUGGAGCCGGUACAGCUGCAGACACUGAAUUCACAACCGCACUCAUCUCAUCACAACUCGAACUCCAUUCUCUGUCCACCGGUCGCAAACCUCGAGUCGUCACCUGCAUGACCCUGCUCAAGCAACAUCUGUUCCGGUACCAAGGUCAUAUUGGCGCAUACCUGGUCGUUGCUGGCGUUGAUCCUACAGGAGUUGGACUAUUCACUGUUCACGCACACGGAAGCACCGACAAGUUGCCUUAUGUCACCAUGGGUAGUGGUUCAUUGGCAGCCAUGUCAGUCUUUGAGACGCAGUGGAAGUCUAAGAUGACCGAGCAAGAAGCUAUCGAUCUAGCAUCAAAUGCUAUCCAAGCUGGUAUCUUCAACGACUUAGGUUCUGGAUCAAAUGUCGAUGUUGCGGUUAUCACGAAGGACAAGACGACCUUGAAGCGCGGAUACAUCAAGCCCAACGAGCGAAGCAAGAAGCAGAAGAGCUAUGUUUUCAAGAGAGGAACUACAGCUGUGCUCAACGAGAAGGUCAUCACUAGGGAAGAGAUCAGCAAAUAUGUCACGGUACACGAACUGGAUGGUGGAGAGACGGCGUUAGGAGAGAAAAUGGAUCUCGAUGUUUAGAUGGUGGCUUAGGUGGGCAGAGUGUCACAAAUGUAUCAACAUUAUUGCUUGGGC